GCUUUCUCGUAUUAAUUGCCUUCCAUUUCUCGUACAUGUCUCCCAGUGUCUCGGAGAUCUCUACCGACUAUUCCCAGCAUGGCACUUACGGUUCAGCCUCAUGGGCUCGCCAUGGUGCAACUGGUGAGCUCCAUCGUCUUUGGCAUCUUGAGCACGAUUGUCAUAUUUCUGCGGGCCCAGAUUCGAUUUCGGGAUAAGGUUUUUGGCGUGGAUGAUGCGCUCAUGACUACUGGAUACGUACUCUUCUCAUGUCUCGUCGGCGUAUCGUGUCAAGCUACCUAUUACGGGAUGGGUAUCCACGAUAAUGAGUUACCAGAAGGGAUAGGACAACACGGCAGGCAGUUCGUCUGGCUGUUCCAGAUCUUCUACUGCGCCGCCCUCGUAUUUAUUAAAGCCUCGAUUUGUACCACUCUCCUCCGGAUCGCUGUCGCGCCGAUACACCGCAUCAUCGCUUGGGCGACAUUGAUUAUGUCUAUUUGCGCGGCCCUUAUCGUUUUUAUCAGUUUGUUUGUUCUUUGCAGGCCACUACCAGCUACGUGGACAGGCGAGGGAACUUGCGCGUCGCCGUCAGCCCUGGCGAUCCUGAGUUACUUUGUGUCAGCGGCAUCCUUGGUCACGGACUUGGUAUGCGCCAUACUGCCUGGUUUUAUGCUUUAUAAGGCCCAGAUGAAGACAGCAACAAAGAUCUCGAUCAGUCUGGUUCUUGGAAUGGGUGCUCUUGCAUCUAUAGCCACGAUCAUACGAAUGCCCUAUAUGAAGUUCUACUUCCAUCCCGAAAAGGACUAUCUAUACCGAGUCUGCAACGUCGCCUUAUGGUGUUUGUUCGAAACGGGGAUCGGUAUCGUCGCUGGGUGUUUGCCACCAUUACGAAAGCUACUCAAACGCUGGGUCACCUUCGACUCUUCACACGGGCAUUCUUCGGGAAACACGCCGUAUGGCAAAGGCAGUGCACUUGGAGUCACCACCAAAGUAGGGUCAACAAGCCGCAAGCCAAGAAUUCCGACUACUGGUGGGAUUUCUACAGGGGGCGAGUGGGAGCGACUUGACGAUGAUUCGUCGAAGCGACGGAUUCAUGUCACCGUGGAUAUGGAGAUGCAUACUAUGGAAAACGGUGCUUCGUCUGUGGGGUCGCAAGACUCUAUUGAAGAACUCGCCAGACCGAUCCGAUAACGACAAUGUCAGAUACCACUAUAUUAGAGUCUUUAAUUACUGGAAAUAAAAGAGCCAAAGCUGUAAUUGGGAGUAACAAAGAUGGUGACUUUUGCUAUGCUUAUGGUCUAGCUGAGAAAUAAACAUAGCA